AUGGGGAUGAACGAAGCAGCUGAAAAAGAGCAGGAGUAUGUCCACAAAGUUUAUAACGAGAUAGCGCCGCAUUUCUCGCAAACUAGAUAUAAGCCAUGGCCCAUAGUGACGCGGUUCUUGAAGACUCGUCCAACGGGUGCCAUCGGUAUCGACGUUGGGUGUGGCAAUGGUAAGUACCUCGGAGUGAAUCCUGAUGUGUAUAUUAUUGGGUCAGACCGCUCAGAUGGUCUCAUUGAGUGCGCCAGAGGUAUAAAUCCAUCCUACAACCUACUGGUGGCAGAUGGGCUGAACCUACCACACAAGGACAACACAUUCGACUUUGCUAUCUCAAUUGCUGUAGUGCAUCACUGGUCCACGAGGGAGAGACGUGUUGAGGUGAUCAGACACGUUCUAUCGAAGCUACGCCAAGGCGGGCAAGCAUUAAUCUACUGUUGGGCUCUAGAACAGGGCAGCUCCCGUAGGGGAUACCAUGAGGGCAUGGAGCAAGAUGUAUUUGUCCCCUGGGUUCUUCCCAAGGAUAAAGCCAAACCAAAAUCUGAAUCAACGCCGGUUAUCAAGGCCAAGACAAAGCCAAGGCCAAACUUGAUGAAUAUUCCCCCAAAGGAGCGUUCCGAGUACUUGCAACGCUGGAAGGAGGAGCAGCAGCGCAAUAAAUCUCUCGACAAUAGCGACCAUGAGCAACAGAAAGAUCAAGAGCAGGAAAAGGAAGAGGUCAAAUACCGAUACUAUCAUUUAUACCGGGAGGGCGAAUUGGCUGAGGAUUGCCGCCAAGCUGGUGCUGCCGUUCAUAGUGAGGGCUUCGAGCGCGACAAUUGGUGGGUGGUGGCCCAGAAGAGAUGA